AUGAUUUUAUUAUGUGUACCACCAAUUUUGUUUUCCCUAAGUAAGCCAAUUAUUCCUCCUAGUUAUAGUGCUUCAGAUGUAUAUAUAUUAUGUCAUUAGGAAUGCGUUAGAGAAGAUUAUCACUAAGCCAAUGUUAUUGUGGCUAACAAUCCUGAUUUCAUAUUGUUAACUAUUAGUUUUGCAUUUAUCUUAGGAACAAUAACAUUAUUUACUUUGUAGAUGGAAUAUUUAAUAUCACCCUUCGAUUAUUCUCUUAAAGAUUAAAGUAAUUUAGUUUUUGUGGGAGUAAUUGCUGGUUUGAUUGGAGAUAUUUGUGUUGGAACUGCAAUAAAGAGGUCAUAAUCUUAUAAAAAAUUGUUGAGAAUUUGUAAUAUUUUAGUGACUGUACUUUUUGGAAUUCUCAUACUAGCUCUUCAUGUAAACAAAAUAUUCUUCUUUAUUGUUUAUUUUUUAUUAUGUGGAAGUUCUGCCGUAAUGGCUUUGACUUUUGAAUUCUCUUGUGAAUUAUGUUUACCAUUGAGUGAAAACACUACAAUAGCCAUGUUAGGGUUCUUUGGUAACCUUCUUAAUUUUUUGUAAGGAAUUCCUGAAAUCUUAAUCCUCAAGGUAUCUAUACUUCUUAAUUAGGAGACAAUUAAUUAUGUUCAACUUUGGCUAUGA